UCUACUUUCAAAAAAUCACUCACCCCUGAGAUGCCAGGUGGAUCUGGGCAACCAGGCUCACAGACGAUAAAGAAAGGGCACAGAGGAGUGGACUCCACGGGCGAGACUACCUAUAAAAAGACGACAUCAUCUGCCUUGAAAGGUGCCAUUCAGCUGGGCAUCACACACACAGUUGGAAGCUUGAGCACCAAACCUGAAAGAGAUGUUCUCAUGCAAGAUUUCUACGUAGUAGAAAGUAUUUUCUUCCCAAGUGAAGGGAGUAAUCUGACCCCAGCUCAUCACUACAAUGACUUUCGGUUCAAAACCUAUGCUCCAGUGGCCUUUCGCUAUUUCCGGGAGCUCUUUGGGAUCCGACCGGAUGACUAUCUGUACUCGCUCUGCAAUGAGCCACUCAUUGAACUUUCAAACUCUGGGGCCAGCGGAUCACUCUUCUAUGUAUCCAGUGACGAUGAGUUUAUCAUCAAAACGGUUCAGCACAAAGAAGCUGAGUUCUUGCAGAAGCUGCUGCCUGGCUACUACAUGAAUUUGAACCAGAACCCAAGGACGCUGCUGCCAAAGUUUUACGGCUUGUACUGUGUCCAGGCCGGAGGCAAAAACAUUCGCAUUGUCGUGAUGAACAACCUACUGCCGCGUUCUGUCAAAAUGCACCUGAAAUAUGACCUGAAGGGCUCUACCUACAAACGCCGAGCAUCCCAGAAGGAGCGGGAGAAGGUCUUCCCAACAUACAAGGACUUGGAUUUCAUGCAGGACAUCCCUGAUGGCCUCUUCUUAGACUCUGACAUGUAUAAUGCUCUGUGCAAAACGUUACAGAGAGACUGCUUGGUCCUGCAGAGCUUUAAAAUCAUGGAUUACAGUUUGCUUGUUGCAAUCCAUAACAUCGAUCUGGCACAGAGAGAGCACGCGAUGGCAGAUGGGACAUCCCAGACCGAUAUGCGGCGACCCGCUGCCCAGAAGGCCCUCUACUCGACAGCCAUGGAAUCCAUCCAAGGAGAGGCCCGGCGAGGUGGCACCAUAGAAACAGAUGACCAGAUGGGAGGAAUUCCAGCCCGCAAUGCGAAGGGGGAGAGGCUGCUGCUCUACAUUGGCAUCAUUGACGUGUUGCAGUCCUACAGAUUUGUCAAGAAGCUGGAGCACUCUUGGAAGGCCCUUGUACACGAUGGGGACACUGUAUCUGUGCACAGACCCAGCUUCUACGCUGAAAGGUUCCAACGGUUCAUGUGCAACACAGCGUUCAAGAAAAUACCACUAAAGCCAUCCCCUUCUAAGAAGAGCCGGUCUGGCACAGCAGUUCCUCGGCGGAGCUGUCAAGGAGGAGUGCCUUCCCAGUCGCACAUGUUGUGCGAGACAAAAGCACAAGUAAUGACAGAGGCGGAUAUAGAGCAAGGUUCCCACCUUGGUCGCCCAGAUCUCCUGCCCAGGACCCUGCCGGUAGACGAAGCUAACAGCGAUUCCAUUGCAACAACCCUCUCCACUUCUUCCUUGGGCAGCGGAGGCCUCAACUCGCCCGCAAAUAGCGGCUCCCCAGGGCCUUCCAUACCCGAGCGCUCCGCAGAGCUGAGAGAGCAGCUGGAAGACCUGCAAGAGACGGAGAUAAGCUUUUGAAGCAACACCAAGACUGCCACGAUGGAAGCAGAUUGUUCUGUGCUCUGCGUGGUCUGUGGAGUCUGACAAACGUUCAGCCCCUGUUGCUGAUUUUUUUUUUUUUUAAAAAGAAAUGUUAUCUGGACAGAAACCUACAAGCUGGAAGGCUGGGCUACACUUAGUGGGAUAGUAUUAACGAAGACCGAGCCAGCACAGCUGAGCAUCGGACACCUGGAAGUCUCCUUACAGCAGAGCCCACCACUGCGUCCCUGUUGUCCUCCUCUCUUUGAAGCCUGGCGGGAGCAAAGCCGGCUGUUGGGAGGAGGAGGAGGAACUGCUCCGCGUGGGCUGAAGCCCUCUGGAAAAGCGAUCUGGCUUUCAGGGGUUUAGCUGCUUAUGAUGCCGACACCACAAACCUUGCGAGAAUGGGCGGCUCUUCAGAGUUACUGGGGUGGAAACGGGCAUUAGAGCCUCGUUGGGGCAGUUUGCGACAGAGCAACAUGGUUUUAUUUUGUAUUUUAAACAAGUUUUUAAUUUAAACAUUUUUCUGAAUUCAGUCAUAUCACUUCUUUUUAGUCUUGCAAUAUAGUAAUUCUUUUUUUUUAAUAAAUAGGGUUUUUUUUCAGUGUUCCACCAGAGAAUAUCCCAUGUGAGAGAGGCAGAAAGGGGGAGCAGAAGCUGCACUGACUGUGGACGAGGUGCUCCUCUCCCCUGCCAGCUGCUCCUGGCUGCUGGAGUCGCCUCCAUUUUCAAUCUUGCAUUGCCCCGAGACUGACGAGGAGCGCGAGCGCUAGGCACUGUGCUGCGUUCCUCGGAGGACUUUGAAUGUGCGAAGCUUUUAAGACGUCAGGGAGGUUUUGGAUUGCUUUGGCCCCCCAGUUUUUAAACAAAGCCCUUUCGUCCCUUCCCCACCAAGCAGGGAGUCGCAGGUGAAGGGAUGUCUUUGUAAGGGGCACACUUUUUUUUAAAGUAUUUCUUAAGCAAACGGACCAAACCCAGCCUGCUCCGUUCCCUUCCCCUGCCCUCCGUCCUGCUGCGGGCACCACGUGCAAAACCCUUCCCGUUUUUAUAGCUCGGCUCCCUUUUGAUAUCUCGCCUGUAUUGUAGCCGUGGUCAACCCCGGUGCUCCCGGUGGCUUGAAACCAAGAUUCCUACAUAAAUGGGAUGGAUUUCUGCCUCCACAAAAGUACGGGGCAUUUUGAGUCCGAUUUUAAACAAAAUAAUAAGCUGAAAGGAGGAAUUGUUUUGCUGCCAUUUCCCUGCGGUGACGCCUGGCCCACGCUGGCUGCAGACGCUUCUCUAGAGAUGUCAGAGCAGAUGUUGGACUGAUCUUUAUUUUCACUAAAUGCUUUUUUUAAAGAAAUGAAGUGACUCUUCCCCAUGUUCCCGGUGGGUUAGAAUCCUCCGUUCUUUUUUAUAUAUAUAUAAAAAAAAGUAAUUUAAAGUUUGCCCUUGCGGUAGCGCAAGGGGUUUCUAUACUAAUUAGCAAUGACUGCUAAGGAAACAAAGAAUGUAGUGGUGUAGAAAGGGAUUUUUUUUAGUUGGUGUUUCAGAGCCAAGUCUCUUCCCACCUUCCACUUCAAGCUUUUAAAGUGGAUGUGACACAAGCUGAUAUUUUUUAAGAAAAAGCUUUUUUUUUUUAAAUUCUAUUUUUUUUUUUUCCCGAAAGACCCAAGAGGAAUGGCCUUACUCCGGGUAUCCGGAUCCCCAGGGGGUUUGUGGAGCGCGAGGACAGUCACUGUUCACAAACUGUUUGGUUCUCAAGGGCUCUCUCAAACCUUUCGACACCAAUUAACGUCACGACGAGACCCGUGAGCGGGAGGAAGAUCGGCUCGGGGACGCCUGUGUCAUCUCUGCUGGAUCUUCUCCCUCCCCUGUACCUCUGACUCGAUCCGACAGCUCACACUUUAUAGCUGAAGUAACUGUCUAUAUUAGACACUUGUUUCUUGUCUUCCCUCCUAACCCCUAUUUGUUUGUUUGGUUUUUUUUACCAGGAGGGAAGAAAACCAAGUCUCAAUUUUUUUUCAUGAUUUAAUAUUUAUGAAGUUGUAUUUAAGUGUUGUUGUUUUUUUCUUUUUCCUGGGGAUAGUUACUCAGCGAGUAGGGAGGUGGGGGGGUGGCGUUUAUA